AUGCAUGUGGUUUCCAUGGUGAUUUACAGCAUCACCUUACUCCUUGGGACCAUUGGCAAUGGUCUUGUCAUCUUCCUCACUGGUUUCCAAAUGAAAAAGACUGUAACCACCGUGUGGUACCUCAACUUGGCUCUAGCUGAUUUCAUAUAUGACCUUUCUCUGUCCUCAGAGUUGCUAUAUUUUGCCCUCGAUGAAUGGAUUCUUGGGCAGCUACUUUGCAAACUUGACACUGUGGUUUCUUUCCUAAACAUGUUUGCCAGCGUCUUCUUCUUAACUGCCAUCAGUGUUGACCGCUGUGUUUCUGUAGUGUGUCCCGUUUGGUCCUUGAACCAUCGCACGCUUCGGCUGGCUUCCUUAAUAGCUGUCCUCAUCUGGAUGAUGGCCUUGGGACUCAGCACCCCCUACUUCUACUUCCGGGACAUGGAGCAAGAUGUGGAUGACUCUAUAAAGUGCUCCUAUAGCUUUAGCUUGGAAGAGGCCAGCCACUACAAGUCCCAUCUUUCUAUGGUGGUGACUGAAUUUGUAAUUGGGUUCCUCAUCCCUUUCAACAUCAUCUUGGCUUGCUACUGCAUCAUUGUCUUCAAGCUCAGAAGGAAGAUCUUUGGUCAAUUCGGUAGAUCCUUCAAGAUCAUCGUGGCAGUGGUAGUAGCGUUCUUCUGCUGCUGGUUCCCUCACCACUUCUUCUCCAUUUUAGAAACCCUGAUUGAUGAGAGCCUUGAAAUGAGAGUUGUCACUGAGAUUGGGUUGCCAUUGGCUAAUGGUUUGGUGUGUCUCAACAGCUGCCUCAAUCCAUUCCUAUAUGCUUUCGUCGGCCCAGAUUUUAGAAAAAUUAGCUGGCAUUCCUUCCUGUCAGCCUUCAGAAGUGCUUUUAAUGAAAACUGGACUCUGUCCUCUUUUUCCAGUAAUAGGAAUUCUGGUUCUACUUCAGGAAUAGGGGAAUUCAGCAUGGUGUGA